AUGACCGACGAUAGUUCUGCGCCUUUAUUAGGGGAAUCGCAGUCCUUGCGGCCAACCAACCGCCGGGAGGUUACGGUAAACCACGACAGAGACUUGUCGGAAACAACACCACUACUUGCUCGUAGGCAGGAAGGCCUGCGAGAGGAUGAAUCUACCGAUGGCUCUAUCGAUUCAGUGACCUGGCAAAAGAAUGGCCUGCGAUGGCCAACAUUUAUAGCACUCAUCGUUCUGUGCUUAUCAGUCAUCGCCAUUCUUAUAUUGGGGUUCGCCGCUCCGUCCACCAUGAAACAAUAUGUCCAAGAAGCCACUGUGUUCAAGCCAACUGGCCUGUCUAUUACCUCUUUUACUCCAUUCGGUGUACAAACGAGAGUCCGAGGCACCCUUGUUAUGGAUGCAUCUCGUGUGAAGAACCCAACUGUCAGGGAUUUGGGCCGAUUCGGAACAUGGAUAGGGCAUGAGGUUGAAUCUCAGGAAUCAACAGUAGAAGUAUAUCUUCCAGAGUAUGAAAAUGCCUUGCUUGCUACCAUUACCCUUCCGCCAAUUAAAGUCAAUAUUCGGAAUGGACAUCUCAAUGAGAUCGACUUCAUUGCAGAGCUGGCAACAGGAGAUCCCAAUGGAAUCAAGGGAGCUGUUACCGACCUGAUUGAGGGCAACAUUGCCCAAUUAACUCUUAAAGGGAUGGCUAAUGUCCCGUUGAAAUCUGGUCUUUUAUAUCUGGGAUCACAAUAUAUAGCGGAGACUGUGGUGCUUCGAGGUCUGGCUUCCGUUCUUGAUAUAUCCCUUAUGUCCAUCUCAGAUAUCUCCACCCUUCCUGAAUUUAAUAUUACCAAACUGAAUAUCUACGAACGCCCUGGUCCUGGAAAAUCAAAGGCCAUUGAAGCAGAUGUUUCGGUAUCAAUCUCAAAUCGGUACCCACUCCACCUGACGCUACCACCUUUCGAGUUCAAUAUACUCGUUCCUAGCUGUACUCCUAAUGAUGCCUACAUUAUGGUUGCGAAUGCAACAACGGAUUCCGUCAAUAUUGAGCCACGAGAACCGGUAGCCAUAUCUAUGCACGGCUUUGCACCUAAGGUUCCAGACGAGCUUGUCCGUAACUGCCCCGGAACUGCCACAUCGCCACUUGGUCUUUUAAUUGGCAAAUAUAUACGCGGUCUGGUUACCACGAUCUAUGUUCGUGGAGGGUCGUUAAUCUCUCCAACUAUCCCCCAAUGGUUACAAGAAUUGAUAAACAGUGUCACUGUCCCGUUCCCUUUCACGAGUCCUGGGUUUUCGCGAUUAAUCAAACGCUUCUCAAUGACAAAUGUCCAUUUUUACCUUCCUGAUCCGUUUGCGAAGCCAAAUACACCCGAGUCUAUGCCCAAGGUUUCAGCUUUGGUACAAGCUAUCGUUGAUUUACCUAGGCAACUAGAUGUUCCUGUGAACGUCUCAAGGGUUCGGACCACCGCAAAUGUAUUCUAUCAUGACCACAACCUUGGCAUUAUAGACGUUAAGGAGUGGCAGAAUGCUACAGUUCGACGAGUUGUUGAUGGCGCGGAUGGGAGACCAACAAUGAUCGUGGAAUUCGAUAUACAAAAAGCACCCCUGCAGGUUACAGAUGAGGAUCUCCUAUCUGAAGUCUUAAAAAAGAUGCUGUUCGAGCGCCAAGAUAUACCCCUACGAGUGGACGCCCAUGUCGAUGCAGAGCUGCAGUCGGCCCUUGGCGAGUUUGUCGUCCGAGAUAUUCCCUCUGGUGGAAAUAUCGUUGUUCGACCGCCAUAUGGCUCUAGACUUAGUGAUAUAAAACCUCGCGCCCAGUCUAUAAAGAUCGUUGAAACCACGAAGGACAGCAUCCUGGCUCAGGCUAAUGUAAAUUUUACCAACCCGACUAACUACACCGUGCAUCUGCCUUACAUCGACAUUAAACUGGUUCACAAUUCAAGUGACAUAGCGCAUAUAAUCGGGCAUAACCUUCAUGUACGCCCAGGACAGAAUACUGCAGUCAAGAUCGAUGUGCUGUGGAACCCCUUGGAAUCUGGUGGUGAAGAUGGCACUAAUGCAGGGCGGGACCUCGUGUCUAAAUGCGUCUCUGGAAUUAACACAACUGUUAUUCUCAAGCCAUAUGCGAACAGCAUUCCAUCACUUCCUUUACUUGGCGAAGCAUUGUCCAAGUUUGAAGUUGAAAUUCCUAUCCCAAGACUACACCUUCCUGGCGAAGGGGAUGGGUCAUUCAUCAAAGACGCAACGUUACAUCUCCUUACAUCUACUGCCGACUUUACGAUUAUAUCGCCACUUUCAUCGAAGACCCUUUAUGUCACUUCCGUCAAUGCAACUUCGCUCUUCAACCACACCUCUCCCGUUGGUACAAUACAAUAUGAUACACCUUUUGCUGUUCCGCCGGGGUCGUCUCUGUCUCCAAGACUUCCUGUUCGGCCUGAUCUUACCGGUGCAGGGUACCAGGCGUUAAAGGAUGCUCUGGGUGGAACUUUACAACUUGACGUUUUGGCUGAUAUCGGAAUUAGACUUGGGAAAUAUAGGCAAACUGUUAAUUACUCAGGCCAGGGAAUAGGUAUAAACGUGGGUUGGUAA